GAAAUAUAUUUACUGAUAUUUUCAAAUAAUAACAGUUAGUGAAUAAUAUAUACAAACUAUUUAGUGACAUUCCUUUUGGAGUAGAGUCUACAAUAGUAUUUAUAUAUAGGUGUAAAUAUUUAUUUCAUUAUACUGUAAUUCGUAUAAGCAUACAAAAAUAUGACCGAAAUCGAAGAAGCAUUUCAGAGAAUCAGCCAGCGUCCCAAUGUAGUAGGAAUUAUUGUGGUAGAUAAAGAAGGUACACCUAUACGUAGUACCAUUGAAGACACUAUAGUGCAGAAUCAAUAUGCUCAUCUUAUUACGGCACUAGCAGCCAAAGCUAGGCAUUGUGUUCGCGAUUUAGAUCCGACAAAUGAUCUUUCUUUUCUUCGUAUUCGUAGUAAAAAGAAUGAGAUCAUGGUUGCACCUGACAAGGAUUUUUCACUUAUCGUAAUACAAAGUCUUACUGACAUUGCAUGACAAACCCUUAAUAUAUGUAUUUGGGUAUUAUUAUGAUGUAAAUUGAAAAGACUGGAAAUUUUCUAAGUACAAUUUUUAUAAAUAUAAA